AUGUUACCCUCCGUCGCACCCUUUCCUCCGGUCCAACCACACCAUCAUAUGGACCGUCACCACGAUGCCGCCUACGACUACUGGAAUCCGAUCGCCUUCCCCGCCUCGCUCCCGCCGAAGGACUACGCCAAGGAUCCCUACCAAUCCAUCCCUCGCCGACUCCCAUACCUUCCGGUCCAGCGCUUGGACGAUCCCACGGGCCAUGUUCCCAGCUCGAAACCUGGCGGAGAACAUGCGUUGAGGAGGAAAACGCCCAACGGUACCCUCGCAGCGGGAUAUGAUGGGACGCCGGGGGACACCACGCUUCAGCCUGCCAGCAAACACAUCCUGGUGUCUCCCCUGGACUCCUCCGGCCGCCUGAUGCCACCUCAAGCGGGGUUUGCCGUCGACGGCUGGUCCCAACCGGCCCUGGAUCAGUCCGCCGCUUCCAAACACAUGAAUUUUCCGCCGAUGUACAAGAAUGAAUCCGCCCGAGUCAAUACAAUGCCCGAGAUUCUGCAAGGGCCGAACGGGGCCAGCUGGGUUCGCUCCCUCAACUACAACCCCGGAGUCGACUCCGUACUGAACCAGUCCCUACCAAUGCAGCCACCCCAGCAACGACUCUACUGGCCCAACGGAGCGUACGUGCCCACCGUUCUACCGGCGACCCUUCAACCGUGUCUGGGGCCCACCGCGUCCGCGGGGACCGGUCCAUACGGCCCGUAUUGGCCGGAUGGGGCGUAUAUCCCAUAUCGUCCUGCAGCGUUUCGAGAACCUCGCUUGAAUGGCCCGUCGCCAUUUGCCAAACAUGUCACGCCUCCGGGGGUCCCCUUCUUCGAUACGACACAACAGGCGUUCAAACGGGGUUCAAUUUCAUCGGCGUCAAAUCUGGACGCUAGUCAAGGUUGGCACCCUCCGCCCUUGGGCAUGGUCAACCCGGACCCGAUCAAGAGCCAUUUCCCUCCACGGCAUUCGGAGCAGAAGCCCCUGGAUGCUUCGCAGCGUGUCCUGCCUUUCCAUACGCGUAAUGGAUCCGGCUUCUCGUCCCACCCGGCACCUCACGAAUCGGCCCCGUCAUGGUCGGGGCCUGCAAGCGGACCGAGCGUUGGGCCGACGGCCAACUCGCGUGCGGCCAACGUCGAGUUCAAAGAGAAAGUCUUAUCGUGGGCCCACGGCGUUUACGUGGACCUGUUGGCAUCGAUUCACCAUGCUCGACGGAAUAGUAUGUCGCAUGGGGGCGACGUUCAAAAUGCACGGAUCUUGAAACCGAGCAUCUAUCCUAAACCCCCGCGCCAGCCUGGACUGGACUUCUCCAAUUCGAAUGGACCGGAUGCUACACGCCAUAACAGCUACCCUUCCACCCAAUAUGACCAUCACACCAAGGCAACCUUCCAAGGUCAUCGCCUUCCCGAACAUCCCCCGCCGAAUCAAUUCCCGCUACAGCCGACGUCCGAUGUGCAGAUGCUGGAUAGGCUACGCCAUACAGGGCGAUUUACAGCAUCUGCCGUCUCUCGCUUCCCAGGUACAUCCUUGAACAGUGAGAACACGAUGACGAACGCCACCAAAGCUCUUGAAAUGCUGUCUCAUCUUUGUAUGGAGAGUAACUGGGAGUGGAUUGACGGAUUACUCCUCGGCGGUUGCCUGGCUUACGGUCUAGGUGACUACCAGAAGGCCAUGAGAUGGUACUCGAGAAUCAUCGCCCGAGACGCAACACACGUCGAGGCGAUCUCCAACUUAGCCGCCACUCUUCUGGCCUUAGACCGACGCGAGGAAGCGUUACACCACUGGCUGCGUGCUGUGAAGCUUCGCCCCAGCUUUUUUGAGGCAGUCGAGCACCUCAUUGGCCUGUUGUGCAGCAGCCAUCGCGGGAAAGAAGCCGUGAACAUCAUAGAGUUUGUACAGACGUCGCUACGCCAUCCUAAGAAUGGAGAUUGCUUCGCCUCCGACGAACACGCCAGUGAACCGGAAAGUGACGCUGAAAGCCGAUCAUCCAGUGCCUCUGAUCUGGGGUCCUACGAAAAGGCAUCGUUCGACUACGAUGAUGACCUCGGCCGAACCGUGUCGGCCAACCAGUCCACAGAAACCCCAUGUGCGGGUUUCGGCUCGAGUGGUUAUGCCAUCCCAGGUACCGACAACGGGCGAAUGCUUGCUCUCGUACACGCCAAGGGCAACAUGCUAUACGCUCUCGGUGACAAUGUCGGGGCUGCCGCUGCUUUUGAAGAUGCAAUCCUGAUCGCCGGAGGACGAAGACGCCAUGGCAUUCAAAGUCUGAUCAAACGGAUCUUUGCCGCCUUCUCCCAUGAUUCUCACCAUCCUGCCCCUGAUCAGCAUCCCUCGAAUGAAACCAUCCUACUCUACCCCGAUAAAGCCCUGCAGACGUCGAGACUGGUCUUUCCGCCAUGUGGAACGCCACCUGGAUUCAAAUACGUCGCCGAAGGCCUCGCCAGAAAAGCCGCCAUCUCCACAACCAGCAAUUCGUUGUUGUCUCUGGCGAAGAUCUACCAGGAUGGAAUGUCCAACAUCUCAUCAUCUGGGGUUCCAAGAUCCGCACCGGGUGUCCGAGAUAUCUUGGCUCUGUACUACCUCUCCCUGUCCCUGCAACCAAGUCCGUCGACAGCAAACAAUGUUGGGAUCUUGCUUGCUGGCAUUCAAAACAACUCAGGUAAGGGGAUCCCCCGGUCUAGUGGGGAGAUGCAUCAUCCCGAAAUCCCCGGCGUGGUCCCUGGUAGUGGCAUUUCGUUGGCCCUGGCGUAUUACAACUACGGGUUGCAUCUCGAUGCUCGGCAUGCGCACCUGUACACGAAUCUGGGUAGUCUUCUCAAGGACAUUGGUCAGCUCCAGGCUGCCAUCCGCAUGUACGAGCAAGCGGUCUCAUGCGAUGGUAACUUUGACAUUGCACUGGCAAAUCUGGCAAAUGCCGUCAAAGACGCCGGUCGAGUCAACGACGCUAUUGCGUAUUACAAGCGCGCUGUCAAGGUCAAUCCCGAGUUUGCAGAAGCUGUCUGUGGCCUUGCAAACGCUCUCAACUCCGUCUGCAACUGGCUCUGUGCGCAGCUCAACCCCGCGUUGCAGAGCCGGCGGUUUGGGCCUGAUUCCAUGGCCACCAUUCUGAGAUCAUGGGCUGGUCAGCGCUGGGAAGGUUCACGGGUUGUCAAGCUUGUCGAACGCGCUACGAGGUCGAUCACCUGGCAGUGGUACCAGGAUCUCUAUGUCUAUGGCAAGGAGUAUCCGCUGUCCAAAUACCGACGACCACAGCUGCCUCCAGGCCUUACUGCGCCUAAUGCGCCCACCGUUCUUCCUUUCCAUACGUUCACCUGCCCUCUCUCCGCCAAGCAAAUUCGCCAGAUCUCGCAGCGUAAUGGGCUUCGCAUCUCCUGUGCGACUAUGCGGUCGCCAUGGCUCGCUCCUACUGUGUACAAACCGCCCGCGCCUCCUAACCCCUACCUCAAGGUGGGCUACGUCUCGUCGGAUUUCAACAACCACCCUCUCGCCCACCUGAUGCAGUCUGUAUUUGGGCUGCAUGAUCCCUCGCGGGUGAAAGCCUACUGUUAUGCCACGACCGCAAGUGACAAAUCGGUCCAUCGCCAGCAGAUCGAACAGGAAGCCCCAGUGUUCUAUGACGCAAGCGGGUGGUCGGUCGAUCGACUCGUGAAGCAGAUCGUCGCGGACGGCAUUCAUAUCCUCAUCAACCUGAACGGUUACACACGUGGUGCCCGCAACGAGGUGUUUGCUGCCCGGCCGGCCCCUAUCCACAUGUCUUUCAUGGGGUUCGCUGGAACACUGGGUGCUGAAUGGUGUGACUAUAUUCUUGCGGAUGAGAUGUCGAUUCCCCCGGAGACUCUGUCCUUGGGUAGACGGAAUACACGGAUCGAGGACCGACUUCUUGAACAAGAUCACGGCGAGGAUCUCGAAGACUGGGUGUAUGCGGAGAAGAUUGUCUUUACCCGUGCCACGUUCUUCUGCUGUGAUCACCGACAGAGUGCACCGGAUGCAGCAGACCCCCAGCUCUCGUGGGAGCAGGAACAGGAACGACGCUGGCGUAUGCGAAAGGAGCUUUUCCCUGAUCUCCGUGACGAUGCUAUCAUCCUCGGCAACUUCAAUCAGCUAUACAAGAUUGAACCUACCACAUUCCGCACCUGGCUGCGGAUCCUAGCGCGGAUCCCCAACGCCGUACUGUGGCUUCUUCGCUUCCCCGACCUGGGCGAGCAGAAUCUCCGUGAUACUGCUGUCGCCUGGGCCGGGGAGGAGACCGCCUCGCGGAUUAUCUUCACAGAUGUGGCCCCCAAAAACACACAUAUCUCUCGGGCGAAGAUCCUUGAUCUCUUCCUGGAUACCCCCGAGUGCAACGCACAUACCACUGCGACGGACGUGUUGUGGAGCGGGACCCCCCUCCUGACCUAUCCGCGCUACAAAUACAAGAUGUGCUCGCGCAUGGCGAGUAGCAUCCUGAGCAGCGCUCUCCCCGACUCGGACGCGGGAAACCAGGCCCGCGAGGAGCUGAUUGCUGUCUCGGACGACGACUAUGAGAACAAGGCUAUCCGACUGUGUAUGAGUCAACAGUACGGACCUGGAUGCGAGGGACGCGGCCGCGGCCGGCUGUCCGACCUGCGCCAGAUGCUGUUCCACGCGAGAUGGCGCAACAAGCUGUUUGACACGAAGCGCUGGGUUCGUGAUUUGGAAGAUGCCUACGAACAAGUUUGGAAACGAUGGGUGAAUGGCGAAGAAGGUGAUAUAUGGUUAUGA